CUAGUCAUGAAUAUACCUCAGUCACUUUUAUCCAAAUCAGACUUUACGCGGGCAAAACGUACUGAAAAAUGAACGACCGGAUUUUAGACCAAGAAAGCUACACUCAAAGUACACCGGCAAAGGCGGCACACGAUGAUGGAAUAGAUUUAGAUGAUUUGCUCCCGAAGAUUGGUGAAUUUGGAUUAUACCAGAAGUGUUUGCUAUGGCUCGUGUGUCUACCUGCAUGUCUACCUUGCGGGUUUUGUGCAUUUAAUCAAUUGUUUAUGACAGACACUCCAGAUCACUGGUGUCGAGUGCCACAGUUAAGUAAUUUUUCGUUGGAGGAACGUAAAAUGAUGUCGAUCCCAAAAAAGUUUCAGGCAGAAGACAAUUCUACUUAUGAAAGUUGUGUGCGAUAUUCCGUAAAUUGGACUGAAAUUAUGGAAUUAAAUCAGUCGAUACAUAUAAAUGAGAGUUGGCCGUUAGAGCCCUGUCUGGAUGGCUAUGAAUACGAUAGGUCCGAAGUAAUAUCCUCUGUUGUAAUAGAUUUCGAUUUAGUUUGUGACUAUGAUGUUUAUCCAACCCUUGGAUUAGUAGCAUUAAAUGUAGGUGGGCCUGUAGGAGUAUAUUCGUUUGGCAUUUUAAACGACCGUAUCGGAAGAAAGAAAUCCUUCUUUGCAUGCCUAUCAACACUAUUACUGGGCAGUAUUAUGACUGCAUAUGCACACGAAUAUUGGUUUUGGGUUGUAGCAAGGAUUAUUGUCGGAUUAACAAUUCCAGCUGUUUAUCAAAUACCUUUUAUAAUUUCUCUAGAACUAGCAGGACCUAACUAUAGAUCAUUUGUUACUGUAAUGACCUGCAUAUUUUAUACCCUUGGAUUAAUAUUGUUAUCCGGAGUGACGUACGUACUUCGUGAUUGGCGAUCUCUGGCUUUAGCCACUUCCGUCCCAUUCUUUUUUUACUAUCUAUAUUGGUUUGUUCUACCGGAGUCUCCUAGAUGGCUACUAAUGAAAGAAAGACUGGAGGAGGCUAAUAACAUUUUAAAAACGAUAGCUAGAGUAAACGGCAAACAUUUACCUGAAGAAUUCACAACUAAGCUCCAAAAACAGGUUCUAGAACAAAAAGAACACGGCGUGAAAGAAACUAAAAAUGCAAACGCAUUUUCGUUAUGCAAGACUCCUAAUAUGCGACUUAAGACGAUUUUGAUAACUUUAAACUGGUGCGCAUCUGAAAUGGUGUACGUCGGCCUUAGCUAUUAUGGGCCAGCCAUCGGUAGCAAUCAAUAUAUGAGUUUUUUCCUGUCGUCAGCGGUGGAAAUUCCUAGUUACAUAGUUUGUUGGAUUCUUAUGGACAAGGUAGGCCGGCGCUGGCCUUUAUGCUUAUCAAUGGUUAUCAGUGGAAUUUUUUGCAUGGUCACUGUACUUUUACCAAAUGAUGCUGAAACUGAAACGCUGAUACUGUAUUUGAUAUCGAAAUGUUUUAUAUCCGCAUCAUUCUUGAUCAUUUACCCGUAUGCUGGAGAAUUAUACCCGACAGAGUUGAGAGGUGUUGGCAUCGGUACUUCGGCGUACAUCGGAGGACUUGGUUUAAUAAUAAUACCUUUUAUAAAUUACUUGGGAACGAAUAACUUAGUACUGCCGUUAGUUUUGAUGGGGGCAUUAUCGGUUGUUGGAGGUUUAACAGCACUCCGGUUACCAGAAACUCUACACACGUCACUACCACAAACCGCUGAGGAGGGUGAGGAAAUUGGCAAAGAUUGGACGUACAAAGAUUGCUGGAGUUGCGGAGGACCCAGACAAGUGGAAUCAGAAGGCGAUUCAUAUGAGAACUUGGAUCAAUUGGAGCUGACCCAGGCUCCAAUAAUUGAAGAUGAAGUAUCAGAACUUCGACCGGCUAGACGGAGUUCCAUGAGAAAGUUGGUACGCCAGGCGAGCAUACUUGAAACACAACGAGACCACGACGGCAGCCUCAAGAUGACUUAUUGGUUUUAGUUUUCGGCGCCUCGUAAUGAUUCUGAUAACUUUUUUAUAUUUUGGAUGGUACCUCAUUGUUUAGAUUGCUACAAUAGAUAUUUAGGCCAGUCUGAAUGAUUUACGUUAUUAAAGAAAUUGUCUAUAUCCAAGUUCUUGAUUACAUAGAGAUAUUAUCAGUGGCGUAACAAUACGGUGGCAGGGCUGGCAAAAUGCCACGGGCCCCCGACCCAAGAGAUAUUAUGUUCUAUGGAUGAAUGUGAAGUCUCCAAUACGCAUUGGGCUAGCUUGGGGACUACAUACCAUUCCCUCUCUAAGAGAGGAGGCCUAUGGCCAUUAGUGGGACAUAUACAACGAGUACGCUGAAAAAUCUCGAAAACUGAGUAGGUACAACGAUUUUUACUGAUAGGGCCCCAUCAAAAGAAUUUGCCACGGGCCCCAGGUGGUAUAGUUACGCCACUGGAUAUUACUAAGUUGAUAUAAGAGAUAUAUAAAGAGUCUGCGCAUCUGAGGCGUCAGUUUCCUCUUCUUUGUAAGGUAAAAUAAUUCUGUGACGAACCUUCAAAAAUUAUAGCUUAGCCGAAACAUUAAGCUAAGAUAGAAUACGAAGCCAGCCUCAUAAAAUUUAAUUGUUGUAUUGUGUGUUUUGGUUUUUAUAGAUUGUAACAGAUUUUAUUAUUAACAAUACUUUAAUAUUUAUUUUUGUAAUACUGUUUUUGAAGAAAUGUUCGACGUUACUUGAAAUACUAUAUAUUUUUAUAAUAACCAUAUAAAACAGACAAUUAAGCGUCAUUCACUUAGUACCAAUGCAUAGGUUGUUAUUUUGUUCCUAUUUCAGAAUUUUAGUAAAGUUCUUUAACGCAAAUUUAUUACAAUAUUUACAUACCUAUGUUAAAGAGUUUUUAUUUAAAUGUGUUGUGCUCGCGUAAUAUUUUGCUUUUUACUCAUAGUUUAUUAGAUAUGUAGAAAAUUUACAUAGAUUUUAACUAGGUUUAUAUAUAGUUUAACAUUUUCAGUCAAUAUUGCCGUGUAAAUCUUGUGAUUUAAGUGUUCUGAGAACUUUAAACGAACAGUGUCUAGUUAAUGUAGAAUAAUUUCUUACAUAUCGAGCGGCAAUAUCGCUAAUGAACUUAACCUUAAAGCAUGUUAAUACGCCCUUGAACUAAUUGUCUAUAAAUUUCACUUGAUAGAUAAAAACAAAUACUCGCUGAGGCCUAUGAUAGAAAUAAAAACAUGUAAUUCAGUAACUAGCCGAUUCCGAUGUAAAAAUAUAUAAGAAAUCAGUAAACUUUUAAUAAAAUACCAAAGGAUUUACGAGAAUCUGAGUUUUGCUAUAUUAUUAACACUUAGAAGGCAAUUAUGACAAGCAUAUCACGUACUAUCAAUAUAGCAAUUUCGAUUUCUAGUUAUGUAUAUAAUUAUUAAUGUGCAAUGUUCCAAGUUCGCGGCGUCAUCGCUACGGAAAUGAAUAAAACUAUAAGGAAAUUAACAUUUGCGGUUAGAUGGCGAUAUUAGAGAGAUUCGAUUCCCAAUAUUGUAUAAUUAUUGUGUCAAAUAGUUAAUAUUAAAAUUUUAUAUGGUAAGACAGCAUCAACUUUGUUAGUCAUUUAUUUACUUAUUUAGGUAACCAACAGCUUAUAUAAAACAUAAAAGUUUCAAUGUGUGUUACAAUAAUAGCAGGAUUAAAAUUUUUAUUAACAUUUGUAAUUUAAAAAAUAACUUAUAUUGAAAUAGUUAUUAAUUUCUUUGUUACUAAAAAUAUGGAGACGUUUACAAAUAAAAAGUUUAAUUUGUUUUUAUGUAUGAUUGUACCAGAUUCGAUAAUUUCAAUAUUGGAGUCUGGAAAGUUCCAUUUUGGGCGACAAAUAAAACCACAUUAUUUAUUUCAUACGCAUUUACUAAAAAUUAUAUAUUUUGUAUAACAUUAAUUCUAAAUAGGAUACAUCAUAACUAAUAUACAAAUUAACAUAUUUACAAUAUUAUCUAAUUAAUUACAUAUAUUUGUCUCGAGAUUAACUACAACUUCACGAAAGAUUUGUAAUAAUAGUCAGAAAAAUAAUGUUUUAGUUACUAUAAAUUCGUUAAUAUAUGUAGAAUAUUCUAAGUCAAUAAAAAAAUAAAAAUACCUUUAUCAAGUCAAAAUUAUUCCAGUCAGUUGCCCUUAUUAAAUUAAAAAAAAGACGUUUAAUACAAAAUAAUCAAAAUUGUACCAGAAAGCUGGUUCAAAAUUAUUACAAAAAUAGUAUAGUUAAAACGUUACGGUGAGUACUAGUAAAGUUUGACACGAAAAAUAUUCCUUCCUAUAUUCUCGGCUUUAUUAUAAAACGAAUAAACGUAAAAUACUAAAAUAAAAAAAAAAUUAAUGGC